AGUGAUAAAUACUUAUUGUGCUCCUUCCAARACAGUGUCUAAAUGACCAUUACAACUGCUCAAAACCUUUGCCAUAUGAUGCAUUGGCAUAGUUUUUAUUAUUGAAAUGAUUUCAUAAAUGGAUGAAUUACAACAAUGAAUAUUUUUAUGAUUGAUGGUAAAAACAAAAAAGUCAAGAUGUCUAGCCUUAAUAACAGAGCCUAAGGAAGUACAGGACUCAAGGAAAUUGACUGACUAUAUCGUAAUAUACAAAUCAUUGUAAUACAGGUUUAAUACGACUAGCCUACGUUUCGUCUUGCGUGGUGUCGCGUGACUUAAGAGUCGUGCAUCGGUAUACAAAAACAUGGCGGACCGGAGCAGUGGAGUAAAAAAGGGAAGAGUACUGGUGGUAGGAGCUGGAGUGAUUGGACUAACGACAGCAUUAACACUUGCAGAACACGGGUACAGAGUAAGGAUUUUAGCACGAGAAUUCGUCGCAUGUGAUGAUAAAUCAAAACUAACGUCGCAAGUAGCAGCAGCAUUCUGGGGCAUAAACACGUCUCCUGGCUGCGAAGAAAAGAUAAAGACUUGGUGUUUAUGUGGUUAUGACAAGUUCGUCAAACUCGCUGAGAAUCCACAGCAAACAGGAGUGUUUAUAAGAGAACUACUGUUCGUCUAUCCACAUCUGAUUGACGCGGAGCCGCACUCUAGCGAAACGAAAAGCAAUUUUCAAAAGURCUUGCCUGAAAAUCCCCUUCGUCAUGAUAAAAACCUCUUGAGGGAAAAAGGUCUAUCCUUGGAAUCUGGACUUCAGGACGCCAUGUCGAUACACUUGCCGGUGAUUGAAACAGACAUGUUUAUGUACUGGUUGACUCAACAGUGCAUAUCAAAAGGUGUGGAUUUCAUCAAAGGAACCGUCGAUUCUUUCCUGGAAAACUGCGAUUCUUUACAAAGAACACAUCGGGCGGAUUAUAUUGUCAAUUGUACAGGGAUAUCAGCAAGAAAUCUAGUCCAAGAUCAUGAUGUUUAUCCCCAUUUAGGUGUGGGACUAACCUUACGUAAUGGCGACAGGAUGUUUCCUGUCCCUGAAAACUGCGCUGUACGUGGGAAARUCUGGUAUCAAGAUGGUGCUAAAGCUGGAAGAGUCGCCAUCGUACCAAGAGGUGAUCACAGUCUAUGGCUUGGUACGAUGCAUUUAAAAUCAUACGACAAGAACAUCGGUCUUUCACAUCCUUCAGUACAGAGAAUGCUUCAAGAAUGUCAAACCAUCUAUCCACCGCUUAAAAACAUAAAUCAAGACGACCUUCGUGUAACAGUUGGUAUGCGACCCAUGCGUCGAGGAGGCCCACGCGUGGAACGCGACUCACGUUACCCUUUCUUAAUUCACARUKAUGGACAUGGRCAMUUUGGCGUGAUGGAAUCGUGGGGUUGUGCAAUGGACGUAUUUCAUAUUUUACAAAAAUCAUCGUGUUCUAAAUUAUAAGWAAUUUCACUACGUUUUUAUUAAGUUCCUGUUUGAGAACAGAUGUGUCAUCGAAGAUAACAGAUGAUACCAAUACAAACUGAUAAACUAGUAGCCCUCACUCUGAAGCUAAAUAAUAAGAAUGAUAUUCAUUAAAAUAAAUGAUAAGAAAUAAAGAAGUAAUAAAAGAACUGGUAGCUAUGUUGUGAGUUGAGGGAAGGCAAAACGCUACUUUUUGCAAAGUUUUGGAGGUCAUAUGAGCAUAGUUAUAAGGGUYCUAGUUGUCAAAGUAGCCGUCUUUAGAUACUUUAACUGAGAACGGCGAAAGUCAAAAUAAUCGCUGGUCACUUUUUCUGUAUUAGUUCUCCGUUUGCGCGCGUUUGUAUAUAAAUUCGGUAGUUUUCUCGUGGUUGAGAGUAUCCUUUUUUCGGCAAAAAAACUGAACUUUUUGCAAACGAAAAACUUUUUUUGAGGUGUAUUUAUACCUUUAAUAAAUCCCUAGCUACUGGAUUGUAAAUACAUAUUAUACAGGAAUAGUAGCGGAAAGUGUAUAUUGAACAAACAUCUCAAGCACCCUAUAAACUCCAAGUGUCUAUUGUGCAUAUAUUCUGUGUAUACAGUCGUUUGCACUGUGUACACUUUAAGAUUUAGCUUGUAUACAGUGUAUAAAGUUGUAAGCUUUCAAGAACACGCCAUACAGCUGUUUGCAAUAAUUCUGACCCCCUCUGCCAUAUUUCAUAUAUAUCAAACUGAGCUUUAAUAUUAUGGGAUAUCAUCACUGAUAUAUUUUUUGAGUUGUC